CCGUUGAUGCCACCUCCGGCUUGGCGGCAGUUCUCGGGAUUAAGCGCAGUGGCCCAUGCGCUGCCCCUCAACCCGCCUUGCGUGCCACACAUCGGGCCGCCCCUCCACUGGCCUAAAUCUCCCGCUCGUCUGCCGGAAGCGCUGGAGAGGUAAACUGACAUCCAACCCUCCUGCCGAUCCACCGCCCGAAACCACAGCAUGGCCGCUUCCCACCUGAGCGAGAAUCGCCAUAUGCGUGGAGGAAGCCUCAGCAUCCCGCCGCAGAGCGGCCGUUCCGGCAUGAUGGGCCCGACGCCCGCCGCCCGCUUUGACGGCCCACGGAGCCCGCCGAACACCUCGCAUGUGCCAUGCAAAUUCUUCCGACAAGGCGCUUGCCAGGCCGGCAAUGCCUGCCCGUUCAGCCACGACCUCACGACUGCAUCGGAAACGGUGUGCAAAUAUUUCGCUAAAGGAAACUGCAAAUUUGGCCCGAAAUGCGCAAACAUCCACGUGCUGCCCGACGGCCGCCGCAUCAACUACGGGAAGAACGGCGUGACGAUUGGCGCUCCGCCCGGAGUCGCCCUCGGCGUGCGCGUGAAUCCGACGACAUACCACCAGCCGUCCAACAGCGCGCUGACGAACUCGUUUCUGCGCGCCGAUCCCGUGCCGACAUACCCAGCUUCAACCGCCUACGGCCUGCAAGACGAGUCAUAUGGCCACCAGCUCGGCCGGCAACCGAGCAUGGAGAACGGCCUGCCCAUAAUCGACACCACGUACAGCUCCAACCCCGCUUCUGCCUAUGGUUCCCCGCGCGACGAGGACACGAACCGCUUGGGGCUCGGCCUCUCGCCGGUGAACACCACCGGCCUCCCGGCCUCGUUUGACAGCAACGGCAUAUCGCUAGCCGCGCGGUACGGCCCUUUCCCGGCCUCGGUGCCGUCCAAGUUCGGCUUCGAAUCGCCCUCGCCUUCGCUCCACGCGGCGCGUGACGGCCGCACAUCCGAGACUCUCAAGCUCCUGCAUAACUCAGCCUUCGGCAGCAGCGAGAACCUACCCCCCGCCGCCAUGGGCGCUAGCGAGUCAAACGGCUUUGGGAGCAGCCCGCCGGUCGGGUCCACCGCGAUGGGAUCGGUCUUCGGCAAUGACGAGUACUUCGGAAAGCGGCUCAUGCACAGCAGCUCGCUACGGUAUGCCAAGCCGCGGCUGAUGAGCAGCAGCGUACCCAAGAUCGACCGCGACUGGGAGGCCGAGUUCAUGUUCGAGGAGGACUACGUGCCGGGCACGCUGGCCAACGAGGUGCUGACCCCGGCCGAGAAGAUGAGGCGGGGAUCCUCAACCAACACCGUGCGGAUGGCGGCCGACGGCGGCGCCGAACCGUCCGGGAUCGAGUCUGUGCCGGUUGGCGCCACAAAGUUUGGCAGUCCUGUGAUGGCGGCGAGUCCCAGCCGCUGGGGCCCGCUUUUCCAGCGCCACAAGGAGGACGAUCUCGAUGGUGCCGGCUCGGGCCGGUCGCUAAAGCACGUCUCGGCAUUUGGCCAUGUGGGAAGUCCGUUGAGGAACUCGAGCCUGGCUUCCGCGAUCUCGGCCGAGCUAUACGCCGAUGAGUCCAGCAACGGCAAUGGAGAGAAGAAGGACUCCGGGAACGAGUCCGUCUCCGCCCUGACCCGGCAACUUCGAGAGACCCGGCUAUCCGAAGGCGGCUCCGGGAGCGCCAGCCCACAUUUUCACCCCGCCGUGUCGCGGAACAAUAAGACGGGCAACGCGGGGCCGGGUAUCAUCGGGAGAGAGCGGGAAAAGGAUCGGGCGCUUGAACGGCACAUCAGCGCUGGAUCCAUCACCUCCGGUGUGACAAGGUUUACCGCCCCGAUCGACGAGGAGGACUCGCCAUUUGUCUUCCGGAUGGAGGAGGAGGACGAUGCGCAGUCGCGCGCAAAGAAGCGUGGGUCCGGCGGCGCCGCCAGUCCGCUGAGCACGGGGUGGAGCUACGCCAAUGUCGCGGCCAACACCAAGCGCAGCUCGAAUGCCACUGCGAACACUCCCCAACCCGGGACCGGGAACGGCACCGUCGAGACGGUAGGGGGCAGAUGAAAUCUCGUU